GCCUCAAGUCGUUCAUCUUUUAAAGUAUUACUUCACCUGACUAAGCUUUUCUCAAUGUAUAAAAGCUUUCAUAUUCCUCAUACACAGUUUUUAUUAUGCUCUUUAUCACUACCAGAGAAUACUCUUUUGUCUCAUAUAUCCAACAACCCUCUACUAAAUCACAAUAAUACAUACUUUCGAGAAUACCAUUAUGAGAACAGUGGUAACUCGAAAUACGUUCCUUAG